AUGGAAGUUGUGGUGGCUCCUUCUUCACGUGAGUACUGCAACGUUGAGCGAAACCAACAAGAGGAGGUUGGUGGGAAGCAUUCUGAGCAUUUUGAUUACUCACAAAGGGGACAAUGGCUUCGCGCGGUCGUCCUCGGAGGCAAUGAAGGGUUGGUGUCCACUGCAUUGUUGGUGAUAGGAGCGGGAAGGUUUGGGCAUGAAACGAAGGCUUUGAUCAUCACUGGCCUGGCCGGGCUAUUUGCCGGGGCUAUGAGUAUGGCAACGGCGGAGAUUGUGUCUGUCUAUACUCAAGUUGAUGUAAUGAAUUUUCAAACAAAGAGAGACCUGAGAAGGGGAAGAAGAGGUGGAGCGUUUCUUAGAGGGCCGGUGCCGAGUCCGACUCAGAUAGCAAUGGCAGCUUCAGCCGCAUAUGUAGUCGGAGGGGUAGUGCCACUACUAGCUGCGGGGUUUAUAACUAGUCUAAAAGUGAGGUUUCUGGUUUUAUUUAUUGUAGCUUCUUUGUCCAUGUUAGCUUUAGGAUGGUUUGGAGCCAGACUUGGGAGUUCACCCAUUGCCAGAUCCUGUGCAAGAGUCUUGUUUGGAGGUUGUAUUGAGAUCAUGAUUAUCUUGGGGAAGACCAAACUUCUCCAGUGUUUUGGGCUCUAG